AUGGCCGGCCUCCUCGGGUCGCCCCGCCAUGCCAUGAUCAUGGAAGGCUACUUGCUCUACCUCGACACGCAAGACGCCUCGAUUGGCGAGCUUGUUUACGGCGCUCUGGAGGAAGGCCUCCUCAAACUCUAUGCGUCUGCUGACCGCGCCGCCGAUGCGCUGCGCUACGAAAUACCGCUCACGGACCACCAGCUUCGCGUCAAGCUCGUUCCGUACGGUGAGAAUAGCAGCUUUGUGCCCUGCCGCUUCCAGGUCGACCUCGAGCCGUACGAGGCGACGUCAGGCCCGAUCCGCACGUACCUCUUUGCGGCAGCGACGUUCCACGCGACCCAAGCAUGGUGCGACGCUCUCUUUGACUGGAAGCGCCAUGUUUUUGAUCCUUCGCUCCGGUCGCUGGAUGUUUCUGGGAGCACGGAGGCUGGCAGCCUCGUCGAGGUGGCAGCGACCGACCGGACCACACUGGAGGCGCGGAUCGUCGAGUGCAGCCUCGCGCCACACCACGCCGUUGGCAGCAAUUCGUCGACCACUGGCCUCGCAGCGUGGCUCAAGCGCCAUUUCGCCAUGUGA